GUCAUGUGCAAUGUGUUGAAUUCCUCACGUCCCAUGGGGUAAAUAUCGAUCACAACAUCAAGCAUCUGGGUACUCCGCUUUAUGUAGCUUGUGAGAACCAGCAAGUGAAUUGUGCCAAGAAGCUGCUUGAGUCAGGAGCAAAUGUGAACAGCGGCAAGGGCCUGGACUCCCCUCUGCAUGCAGCCGCCAGGACUUGCAGUGCGGAGCUGGUGACGCUGCUGAUUGACUUUGGAGCGGACAUUUGGGUGAAGAACGCAGAAAGCAAGAGGCCAAUGGAGCUGGUUCCACCCGGCAGCCCUGUGGGCCGACUCUUCCUGCAGAAAGAAGGGCCGCUGUCCUUGAUGCAGUUGUGCCGCCUGUGCAUCAGGAGGUGCUUUGGACACAACCAGCAUCAAAAAAUAACUGGACUUCUCCUCCCGGACGAGCUGAAACAUUUCCUUCUCCACGUUUAA